AUAUAAGAUUGAUCGCGCAAAGAUCGAGAUCAGACCGUAAACACUACUAAUAUGAAAUUAAUCGUGCUAUUUUGUUUAUUUAUGUUUGCCUAUGCGCAUGACAAAUAUGAUAGUGUCGAUAUUGAUAUCUCAGAAGUGUUAAGUAAUGAAAGGCUAUUACUAGCAUACACUAAAUGUUUGAUAAACAAAGGGCCAUGCACUCCCGAAAUAAAGAGAGUAAAGGAUAAAAUUCCUGAAAUAUUAGAAACAAACUGCGCUAAGUGUACGGACCGGCAAAAGCAACUUGGAAAAUCUUUAGUUAAAGAAGUGAGAGCGAAACAUCCAAACAUUUGGACAGACAUGGUAUCAUACUACGAUCCUCAAGGAAAGUAUCAAAAAGAAUUCCAAGAAUUUCUUAACUGAAGAUUUUAAAGACAAAUGUAUAAAGGGUGGUGAAAUUAAAAUAUGUCACAGUAAUAAAGCAUUUUAUUUAUUA